CAGCUCGCAUCAGUUCAAAUUGAAACGCGAUUGUGUUGUAUCAUAAGCUACGAGCUACAUAUCUAUUAGUGUCUCUUUGGUAACUUUUGCAGUUUGACGAGUUGUUAUUGUGAAAUGUCUCUGUUACCGUAUUUGUUGGAGGAAAGCCUUUUAGGGCGUCCAUCAAGAAUAUUAGACCAACAUUUUGGCUUAACACUGGAUCCUGAUGAUUUUGUUCAACCUAUGACUGUUCCAAGAACUCUCGUAGUUUGUCCUGCCGGUUACUUGAGAAACUGGAGAUCUGCAGCGUCCCAGCAAGAUUCUGGAUCAACGGUUACUUUCGACAAGGACAAGUUCCAGGCAAAUCUAGACGUGCAGCAGUUCAAACCUGAGGAAAUAUCUGUCAAGGUAACUGGAGAGAACACCAUCACCAUCGAAGGGAAACACGAGGAGAAGAAGGAUGAACAUGGACAAAUAUACAGACACUUCGUCAGAACAUACAAGAUUCCAAAGAAUUGUGAUAUGAGUAAAGUGGAGUCAAAAUUGUCCAGUGAUGGAGUCCUCAGCAUUAUGGCUCCAAGGUUGGAAGAGAUGGACGUUGAACACAAAAAUAUUCCUAUCACUCAAACUGGGGAGCCUGCCAAGGAAAAAAGUAAGAAAAAAAAUGAAGAGGAUAAGAAACUGAAAGAAAAAUAAAAUUGUCAGGAAUUGAAUUCAAUUUUUUUCUUACAAGAAAUGUAUUAUUUACUGAAGACUGUUUAGUUAUAAUUGAUGUUUUGUUUUCAUUUAUAGGUUUUUCAUAAAUAAAUUAAAGUUUGUUUGG